CACCCCGCAAUUAUAGUCCUCACAGCUACAGAAAACGAGGCAAUGGCAGUAUGUAGUAAUAUACUACAAACCUCCAACUUUUCCUCUGAAGAUUCCAUUCGCCACUCCAUUAUCGUACCAAUGUCUCUCCAAUUUUAAGAAAAAGUUAAAACACCUCAAUAAUGUUAAUUCUUCAGACACUCUCAAUUCACAUUUUCUAGGAUCCUACAACCAAAAAACAACCUUAUUUCCCACUUUGUAAUUGCUUAUUUUCUUUCGUCUUUUCACUUAUUUUGUUCAGUUUUGCUCUUGUUCCAGCUUCUGUUGGUGCUCUGAAUCUUGAACCAGCUUUCUGGGCAGCCCUCAUCUGCUAUUUUUCAUUUUCUCCAAGUUUUGUACUUCUACAUCUGCUGUCAAUGAUAUGGAUCCUGAAUCAGCUUUUUGAACAACCUCAGACGACAAUUUGUUUCCAUCUGUAGCUUAUUUUUUGUGGGUCUUCCCUUCAUGAAAUUAUAAGUCCAUAGAAUGCUGCAAUUUGUUUUCAUAUUUUUGAGGGAUUCAAGAAAUAUGUCAUUUUCACCAAGUUUUGGGCUUUGAUAUUUUCUUGAUGAAGUGAAUAUUGGAUCUUGAAUCAGCGUUUUGAACAACCUUGGACUAAAAUUUGCUCUCAUCUGCAGUUUCUUUUACGCGGGUCUUCAGAAUUUGCAGUUUUUAGUGAAGUUAUGUGCUUUUCUUCAUGAAAUUGUAAGUCCAUGGAAUGCUCAAGAUUCUUUGCAUUUCUCUGUUUUUCAGUGAAUUUCUUGAUUUUGGGAACUUAUCAACUACAAUCCUCCCAAACGCAAGUACUUUUGCAGCUAAGGAAGCAAUUGGAGUACCCAAAACAGUUAGAUUUAUGGCUCAAUACUAGAACAGAUUUCUGUUAUUUGUCGACUACUCAGGUGAACAUAACUUGUGAAGACAAUUUGGUUACUGGGAUCUUAAUCUUUGGUGAUAAACAGAAAAGGAUUGGUAAUUUUAAUGCAUUUCGAGUGUCGAAUCAAACUUUGUCACAAAAUUUCUCCAUGGAUUCUCUCGUAACCACCUUGUCUAGGCUAAAUGGAUUGAAGUCUCUUAGUUUGGUAUCUUUAGGCAUUUGGGGUCCAAUUUCUGAUAAAAUUCAUAGAUUGCAAUCCCUUGAAUACUUGGAUUUGAGUUGGAAUUUUCUGUAUGGUUCUAUUCCUCCAAAACUUUCGAGAAUUGGUAACCUUCGGAUUCUGAAAUUCGAUGGUAAUCUCCUGAAUGGAACCUUUCCUGAUUGGUUCAAUUCGUUUUCGAAUUUUACUAUUUUUAGUAUGAGGAACAAUCUUCUGAGUGGCUCAUUGCCAUCUUCAAUACAAAGAAUUACCUCUUUAACAGCGCUAGUUUUGUCAAAUAAUGCAAUUUCUGGGAAGUUACCGGAUCUUAGUAGCCUAUCUAGCCUACAAUGGCUCGACUUAAGUGAAAAUAUGUUCGAAUCAGAACUUCCCAAUAUGCCGAAAGGACUGAAAGCAGUUCUGCUAAACAACAACUCCUUUUCUGGGAUUAUCCCUCAGCAGUAUGAUCAAUUGCAUCUGCUUCAGCAAAUUGACCUUUCUUUCAAUACCCUUGAAGGGACACCUCCUGCAGGACUUUUUUCAUUGCCUGGUAUUGUUUCCUUAAACUUAUCUUCAAAUAUGUUGAGUGGAUCGCUUCCAAUGCACAUGAGUUGUGGCAGUAAGCUUGACUCAGUCGAUAUCUCUAACAAUAAAUUGAGAGGUCUGCUGCCUUCCUGUUUGAGCUCUGCAAUAAAAACUAGAGGUGUGAAAUAUGGAGGGAAUUGCUUGUCGAUUGAUCUGAACCAUCAGCAUCCGGAAACUUAUUGUGUAGAACAGCAAGAGAAGAAAAAAUCUGAAGAGAAGAAUUUGGGGACAUUAAUUGGUGUCAUUGGUGGAAUUAUUGUUAUUAUGGGGCUUCUGGCCUAUGGAUUUCUUGUUUUAUGCCGACAAUAUUGUCCUCGAGGAGCACCGGAGCAACAUUUAUUGCAUAAAUCAGUGCAAGAUAACUCUGUCACGGGGUUCACUUCUGAGCUUUUAAUGAAUGCUAGUAUGUUAUUUGAAAACUUUCUUGACUACGGCAGUUUGUUCUACUUGAUAAGCCUAUUUAAGCUUCAUUUUUCAUUUUUAUUAGGGUCUAUUUCUGAUGCAGCAAAGUUAGACUCACAAAGGACACAAGCGCAUCGCCUAUUUUCAUUGGAUGAGCUGAAGGCAGCCACAAACAAUUUUGAUAAGUCCACCUUGAUGGGUGAAGGUUCGACUGGGAAGAUGUACAAAGGAAGACUUGGAAACGGGACUCCAGUAUCCAUACGGUGCCUGACUGUAUCAAAAAGAUAUGCAGUUCGAAAUCUCAAACUAAGACUCGAUUUGCUGGCUAAGCUACGCCAUCCUCAUUUAGUUUGCCUCUUGGGGCACUGCAUCGGGAACGAAGGAAAAGAUGAUUCUGAUGUAAACAAUGUCUACCUCAUAUACGAAUAUGUACCAAACGGGAAUUAUCAAGCUCGUCUUUUGGAAACUAAUCCUGAGAAUGUACUCGAAUGGUCUGACAGAUUGGCAAUUCUAAUUGGUGUUGCCGAGGCUGUGCAUUUUCUUCACACUGAAAUUAUUCCCGGAUUCUUCAAUAAUCGAUUGAAGGCGAACAAUAUAUUACUGAACGAACAUCAGAUGGGAAAGCUGAGUGAUUAUGGGUUGUCAAUAGUAGUCCAAGAGAUUGACGAGCAUAAGGUGGAAGGAGACCUUGAAUCAUGUGUUCACAGGCAAAUAAAGAGCAUGGAGGAUGAUGUUUAUAGCUUUGGAUUGAUAUUACUCCAGUCGCUUAUUGGUCCUUCAUUCUCAUCGAGAAACGAGACAUUUUUGCUUAAUGAGAUGGUUUCUUUAGGUACUCUCGAUGGCCAGAGGCGAAUAGUCGACCCAACUGUACUUGCGUCUUGCUCACAAGAAUCUCUAUCAAUUAUCAUAUCCAUAGCGAACAAAUGCAUAUCGCCCGAAUCCUCAACUCGUCCAUCUUUUGAGGAUGUUCUUUGGAACUUGCAGCAUGCAGCUGAAGUUCAAGCAACUGCAGAUGGAGAACAAAGAUUUUGAAUGCUUGUAAUUCAUUUUUAAAUUUUUUAAUUUCUUGUUUAGUGCAUAAAAUACCAGUUGAUAAUUUGUAAGUCUUCUUAAUUUUUUUACUUUUUUAUUUGCACAUAAUGGCUUCAAGGCCUUUGUUAAACAUGUAAAUGUCUGAUGCCAUUUUACCUGUUUUCAUCUCAAUCAAUCCAAUUUGUUGCAGUUCUAGAUU